CUACGAGGCUUGACAACGUAAUCAUCUACCAAAUGGAACAACUGCUGUCGUCAGCCAACAACUGAUAAUACACUGCCAUUGCUGUGCCGCGUCCGUGUCUUACUAAAAAAGACUUGGUCGUUUGGUUUUCCUGGCAUCAAAUUUCUAGCACCCUCGUCCUAAUAUGGCGCGGCAAGCUUGACAAUCGACUUAUUCUUGCCUUAUUGCUUCGCCCCACCAUUGACCCGUAUCCGUUGAGUCGCAACCAACCCUUUACCACAUCUCGCGCAGGACAGCGGCCAGCCAGCUGCUUCAUCUCUCGAGGCGCGAAUCUCGAACUCCAAAGCCGCGUCAAGUGCAACCGCUUUCCUCUCCUUCAGCAAAGGAAUAAAUAACCCCCCAAUAAAACCCGAGAGAGAGAUCCCGGCCAUGGACUUCGCGCCCUACCAAUCCUCUCCCCCGGAGCACGGGCGCACGCUAUCCCCGGUGCAGCACGACGGCCCCGCGUCGCCGCGCACCUCGUUCGACGCGCGCAGGUCCUUCUCACCCGGCUUCCAGCAGCAGCAGCGGCCGUCACAGGUGUCGCCGCCGCCUCUGCAGCACCCGCAGCCGCAGCGGGCGUGGUCAGGCGACGGGAUUCGGACGUCGAUCGGCGGCGGGAUUGGGUUAGGCGGCGGCGGCGGCGGCGGCGGCGGAAUGGGCGAUUACUUCAACGCUCUGGGCGCCCGCGAGGGCAUGGUGUCCGAGUUCGACACGAGCCUGGGCCUGCGCCUCGACUACGAGGCCUGUCUGGCGUACCUGGCGCUGCCGCCGCUCGGCGCCAUCGUGUUGUUGAUUCUGGAGCGCAAGAGCGACUACGUCCGGUUUCACGCAUGGCAGUCUAGCUUACUCUUCACGGCGGUGUUCGUUGUCCAUCUCCUAUUCUCGUGGUCGAGGUUCCUGAGCUGGGUCCUCUUCCUUGGCGACCUCGUCCUCAUAGGCUGGCUGGUCAUCAACGCAUACAGAGACGCAGACACUCUCGACAGAUACGAAGUACCGAUUGUUGGGCGGUUAGCAAGCAGGAUAUUGGACGACGAGUAAAAGAGAGGGGGUUAGCAUGGACGGUUAUAUCUAGCCCGGGAAGGGUGGCGCAAUGGGAGGCCUUAUUGUCUUUUGUGUGUGUUCUUGGUACAUAUUAUUC